CCGCAGAAUCAGCCGAGCCUCCCUGUUGAUGCGCCCUCUUGCUCCUUUCUGCUCGGGCACCAGGGACUUCUCACUCACAUGCUGUAGCAGACACUUACCUCGGCAGAUGGGUUGGGGGCUUCCAAAUCGCCUGUUCCCAAGCCUGCAGCAUGGUCUGCGCCGGGUUACAACUCCAGGAACCGCCCGUCUGUGAGAGUUCCUGUUAUCCAACUUCAACGCUAGGGUUAAGUGCGCGGGCCUUUAUCCAUUAGAAAGCCUACGAUGGCUACAGAGGCGAAGACCCCGUUGGCUGAACAUCUACUAAUGAGUCCCAGAUCCCUUAGAGGCCGAUGGAGGACGGCACCGAAAACUCAGGGGCCUGGUCAGCGAAAUCCUCAGAGGGUCCCGGGGCAGAGCGUCUUGCUUAGCAUAUCCAGAGUCCGUCUCUUCUCCAGAGGGACUCCCUUCAGCCAGGGCCACCGGGAGAAGGGAAUGCAGACAGCGAGAAGUCCAAGGGCUCAGCUGAAGCCUGAAAAGAAGUUAGGGCACAGCCCAAGGAGCCACGGGAACGGCAGACCACGGAAAGAACUGAUGAUCCCAGGGAUCGUGGAUUUCCAGCUGAUCCAAGCGGCGCUGAGGACCCCCAAGCCCCAAAGCCCCGGGGCCUACCGCUUUGGCCGCCUCAGCCACCACUCCUUCUUCUCCCGGCACCACCCCCACCCACAACACGUGACCCACAUCCAAGAUUUCACCGGGAAGCCCGUCUGCGUCGUCAGAGACAAGUUCUCUCUGGCCCCCUUGCCUCAAGCCACACUCUUAUCCUGCUGUCUGAUGACGAUGCCCACCAUCCCUGUCCCCAUCGGAGACCCGCAGUCCAAUCGGGACCCCUGGCUUCCUUAUGCCCUCCAGUGCCGGGUGCCGCAGGGAGGGCAAAGAGGAGGACCCCGGGUAUCAGCUGGCAACGUCUUGUCCCCUCGUCCCAGAGGCCUGGAAGAAGGAACUUCUUCCCCUUCCCCAAAGGGGAACCUGGCUUCUCGGGUGGCCGUCUUCACCCAGAACGAGCUGAAGAGCAAAGAGCUACUUUGCUCCCAGCAGAAGGAGGAGCCUCCGCGGGAGCAGGGAGCAAAAUACUCAGCUGAGACCGGCAGGCUCAUCCCCACUGGCACCAGAGCCACUGGCCACCGUCACUCCCGCCAGGACCCACGGAUUUAUCCCUCUGGUAAAGAUGGAGGAGUCCAGACCUUCAAGCUGCCGGAUCAGGAGCUGCUGAUCCUGGAGCUCCUCUGCCAAAUCCUGCAGACAGACUCCUUGAGCGCUAUCCAGUUCUGGCUACUAUACGCUCCCCCGAAGGAGAAAGAUUUGGCCCUGGGGCUCCUGCAGACAGCGGUGGCGCAGCUCCUUCCUCAGCCCCUAGACUCCAUCCCGGUAGAAAAACUUCUGGAUCAGCUCCAGGAAGGCCAAGAGCCAUCUCAAGAGAGGAAACAGCCACCCUGCAGCCAAUCCUUGAAGAAGACGAAGACACCGCCUCUACCCAAAGGCGACAAACCGGAGUAUGUCGGGAAAGCCCAAGUCCUCCGAAUGCAUUCAAGCCAGAACGCAGCAGAGAAACCGUCAAAGCCAGAGGCAGAAUGCUGAGGAGUCCGAGCCACUUUGCCCGCCCUGCUCAAGAGCAGCCCCCAGGUUCAAGGUUGUUCCCAGCCCUACGGCCUCCACAGCAACCCCGACUUUCCUAUCACAGGGAGCCUAUUAAAAACCUGCCUUCCCUUUAAGAGGACAAUUCCAUGCCUACUCUCGGUAGUAGGUCUGUGCCCCACUCCCUUGAAGAACGCCCAAGUGGAAUCACUCACGCGGGGCUCAGGCUCUGUCCUUCCCGAGCCAACACACACAGGACUCUGGGUAGGUCAGAGCGGAGGUCAAGAACCCACGGCCCUCCAUAAAGUAAUACCAAUACCUCCAUCAGUAUCAACUGUUGAGUUCUACCAGGCUCUGUGGGGGCGGGCUCUAGACAAUAGAUCGUGGUGAGCACUGUGUGAGCCGUUCUACAUAGUCCACAUGAGGUGCCACAUUCGCUUCUCCCAGGAGCUCUCCUAAUAUCAUCGCUCCCAUUUGCUAGAUGAAUAAAUCAGGGCUCAAACCAUCUGUCCAAAUCCACACUGUAAGUGGCGGAUCCAGGACCCAAAUCCAGCACGUCUGGCUCGGGAACCCCCGCUCUUCCCCGCUGUGCUCUACUGCCUUGCGGACAGCAACCCUCACCAAAGGUUGUGGCUGCAAUGCAAAAAGGGUGAGCCGUUAACAAAAACGGUGGUCGGCAAGAUCAAGGAGGGGACGUGGCGGAAAUGUGACCCAGCUGGGGCUUCGCUCCCCUUUACGAUCUAGAGAAGAUGGCCUUUGACCCUCUGGGGAGUCCAGCGUGAGCCUUGGGAUUUCUGCAGAUUCCCUGGAAAGCCGGGGCGCGGAGAUAUGGGAGGCGCUGAGGAUCUACAGUGUCAUGGUCGCCUGUGGCUCUGAGCUCCUGCUUCCACUGAAUUAGGUCCGUGGAUCACCGCUCCGUCCUCUUCUGGCCACACGAUUCGGCCCCACCUCACGGCACCUCAGACCGAUUGCGUCCGUCCGGGUUUCCUCAAAUACCCCGUUCACGCAAACCUUGUGUGUGCCGCAGGCUUCGGUCCAGAUCAGGGGCUGGACGGGGAUUGGCUGUGGGUCCAGCCAACAGCUUCGCGUCCGUAUGAGAUCGCCUUGUUUUUUUAAAGUCCCCUCUCCUCCGGAGGACGUCCCCCUGGCGGCAGCCUCUUUUAUAACCACGCCCCUUGCCAUCUCGCUGGCUUCGUCCUCUCCCGUCUGCACCCCUACCACGCGUUCGCCUCCAGAAAGCCCACGUUCCUUGUACUUUCAUUGUUCUCCAUUUUUUUAAUCUUGCUAAAAUCCACAUAGCCUAGACCUUGCCACUCUACCCACAUUCCAGGUGUAUACAGUUCGUUGUUGUACAAACAUCACCAACCAUCUGUCCACAGAACUCUCUUCACCUUGCAAAACUGAAUGUCUGUGCCCAUCAAACACUUGUUCCGCGUUCCCCCUCCUUGCCCCCAGCACCCCCCUAGGAACUGGACUGCUCUAGGUACCUUGUAUCAGUGGAGGCACAAAGUAUUUAUCCUUUGGUGACUGGCUUAUUUCACUUAGUACGAUGUCCUCCAGGCUCAUCCAUGUUGUAGCCCGUGUAGGAAUUUUCUCUCAUUUAAUAGUUUUGCCGAUGCAAUAGUUCAGCUCCCCCCCCCCCCCCACCCCUGGAGUCCCUGUUCCCUGGCUCUCCAGCCCCUCCCUCGGGCUGUCCAGCCCCGUCAACGGGCUGACCUAGAGGUCUGUUCCUGGACUAGGGCCCUUGCCCCUUGGCAAUUGUAGUUACGACAAUCUCUCCCUCCUCCCUUAGGAAUAAUUUUUAGCCAUCCACACAGUAGAACAUCCUAGAAGGUAUCUGCUUCCAGAAUAAAUCAUACUUGUUGGCACAGAA